UUGGCCAGUGUGUCCAGAUAAAGCCAUUCUCACCCAAUGUGUCUCAUUAACAGAAUUGUUUUACAGAUAUCAACCAUAUCGGAGUAAUCCAGAGUGGACACGAGGAGCUUGGAGAUGACGGAGGGAGGAGGGGCGGAGGCUGGGCGUGUGGACCGUCUCAUGAUGGUGGCCGGGUCAACGGCAUACAUGAUCCCACAGGAGCUUCGCCUCAGGGGCUACAAGAUUGAUGGCUUCUACACAAGCCUGGACAGGACCCAGGAGAGAAGGUCAAACCUGAGCCUGACUAUGAGGCCACGGCUCCCUGACAGGAGCGAGUUGGAGAAGGACAUGAGGGAGCUGGACAGGAAGCUGGAGGAGAGCGACAGGAGGUUGGAGGAGCUGCGCCAGAUGACAGUGGUUCAGGAGAGACUGGCCGCAGAGAGGAGAGAGCAGGAGGAGAGGGAGAGGGAGAGAGCCGUGCAGGAGAGAGUGAGGAGUUUGAGGACACUCAGGGAAAUGUAUCACCUCAUGCUGAUCAUCGGUCCGGACCCAGCGUCCUAUGAGACGGUACCUCUGAGAGAGCCUUCCAAGAACCCCACGGUCCAGAAACUACAGGCUCAGUGUAGGAGGGACCAGGAAAGAUGGAGGGAACUGGACAGAGGGCGAAUGGAGCGCAGUAUGAGGAUGAUUGGAUGGUUGGACGAAGAACUGAGACACUUGCAACAGCGAGUUCCGGAGAGACGUGUUCCGGAGAGGUCAAGCCUACCUGAUCAUCUUGAAGCUCAGCUCCAUGCCCAGGAGAGAGUUCGGCUGCAGGAGGCGCAGAGAGUGAGGGAGGAGUUGGUCAGGAGGGAGAGGGAGCAGUCAAGCCAAGCUGAUCAUCUUGAAGCUCAGCCUGUGGACCAGGAGAGAGUCUGGCUGCAGGAGGAGGCACAGAGAGUGAGGGAGGAGUUGGUCAGGAGGGAGAGGGAGCAGUCCGAGGAGGACAGGACCACAGAGGUUGAUCAUCUCAAGCAGAAACAAAGGAUUGAAAAAGUGGAUGAACUCCAGGGAGAGAAGGAGGGCAUGAGAGAGAUGGAGAUGAAGAGUGAGGUGGCAGCCGAGGAGGAGAGAGAUGAUGAGAAGGAGUACGACAACAGCGAAAGCGACACUGACUCGGAUGAUGUCUGGAUGGACGAGGAGGAGAAGGAGGUCAUUCUAGCAGCCAGGAAGAAACAGAGGGAGGAGAGAGAAAAGAUGCAGGCUGAACUGAACAAAGAGGAGGAUGGAAAGAGAGGAGUGGCAACACUGAGUGAAGAAAUGGAGAAAGAUGAAGCUGAAAAACUCCAGGAAGAGAGCAAUGGAGUAAGAAAGGAAGAGAUGGAGAGAAAUGUGGUGGAAGUGGUGAAGCUGGGGGGGGCAUCUGAGAUGUGGGUCUGGAUGUCCAGUGAUGAGGAGGAUGGCAACAGCUUAAAGUGA